GUCUACAAUUUAACAUUUAGUAACUUGCAUCUCGAUCAUCCUUGCGUUUGACAGAGAAUAAAUUCCUCAUUUCGGAUUUCCUCGAAAACGCAAAUUUUGUUUUUAAGUACAUCAUUUUUUUCAGGGACGUUUUGAAAGGAGAAAGACACUUAAGCCAUGUUGCCAUCAUACUAUUUUCCGGAUAUCUUGGUGGUCAUUAGUCAUUAUUUUUUGUGAACAUUGAAACAGAGGAUGGGAGUGGCAAAUCUGAGGAUGAUUACAAAUUAAGCAAGGUAACUGCUGACAAUGGAUGACAGGGGUGGAUCCGACAGCCCAGGGUCUGAGGAGCGGGAGUCAUUUUCAUUCGGUACAGAGGUGGUUCAUUUUCUGGAUGAUGAGGGCAAUGAGAAUCGCUUCAUUGUUGGCCCAGGAGUGUACCAAAAUGGUGAUACAUCUUCAAGUUUGGAUGAUGGUUCAAAAGUGAUUAUAGAAAAUGAUAUCAAAGUUAUUUCAUGUGAAGUAGAGAACUUGAUCUCCAACACAGAGAAGUUGAGCAGCGGCCAUGAAGGUACAAAUAAUGCCGAAGAUGUGAGUACAAACAAUUUCAGUGUUUUACCAAGGGAGCUAAUUUUAAAGAUUUUUAGUUUUUUUUCUGCUGAGGAACUGAGUCUGUGUGUGACCCCAGUUUGUAAGCGUUGGUAUGAAGUCGGACAUGACCGAAGCUUAUGGAAAGAGUUAGACUUCAGUCGCCAUUGUGAACUUCCAUCCAGCACAUUGUGUGGAGCUAUCUGUCGAUCGACAUCACUCAGAAAGCUGAACUUAAUGGGAAGGCAGGACCUGAGCACUGCUGAGGUGGCUGUCUUCUCCCAAUACAUUCCACUGCUGGAAUCAGUCAAUUUAGGAUUUUGCGGAGGUAUUAAUAGAACAGUGAUUGAGUACUUUGUCAGGAACUGUCCGCGACUGAUGGAACUGAACGUGGAAGGGUGUCAUUCGGUAGACGACAAUGUCACCACCGCUUUACCCUGGGGGAAGAGGCUGAAGAGGUUUAAUUUCUCUCACUGUAACCUGACUGAUGGCAGCAUCAUUUUACUGUCCUCUGCAGUGAGGAAUAUCGUGUCUCUUAAUAUUGAUGGAAUUUCAUGGAUUUCUGACAGUGCCAUUGUCACACUUGUGGACCAUCAACAUGAAAAUCUGGAGGAAUUCUUCCUGGACGGAGCUGAGCUCUCGGACAGAAGUGUCCACCAUAUUGUCCGGUGUGCCAAACUUCACAAACUUCAUAUGUCCUUCUGUGAAGGACUUACUGACCAGUCCCUCAGGUAUAUACAGUCCCUACAGAAUCUGACUCACCUAAAGAUGAGGAAAGGUGUAUACUUUAGUGCUGAGGGCCUGCUCUCUCUGUUUACCUGUAAAUCUAUGUCACGGUUGGUGGAGCUGGACUUCUCUGAAAGCACAAACUUUGUCGAUGAAUGUGUUAUACAGAUGACCAAAUGUUGCGGUCCAACCCUCCGAAAUCUGGCGUUGUCAUGGUGCUGGGACAUUACAGAUCCAGGGGUCAUCUGCAUCGUUGACCGCUGCAGGAAUUUGGAGGUUCUGGACAUUAUAGGUUUACACAGAAUAACAGGGACUUACUUUAAUCGAGUUCCCGAGGAAAUGCCGAAACUCCGCUUACUCAACUUACAGCAGUGCAAUAGGAUAAUUGAUGCAUUGAUAGAGGAUGUAGUUAGAAAAAAGCCAGACCUGAAAGUGUUUAAUUAUUAUGGAGAACUGUUUGUACACGUGAAUGGAUGAUGGUUUAAUUUUAUGACAGGAUAUGAUGAAAUGUCAGUAGAUCAUGGAACCGAUGACGAGAGGAAUCUCAUCAAACCGACUCUAUAACAUAUAACACUUAAAUCUCUAUACAGUAAAACACACAUAUAAUGAACAUGCUUAUGAUGAUUUUAAAUUUAUUGUGAAAUGAUAUUUAUUUUCCUAUGACAGAAAAUAAUGAAAAUUUUAUUGGAUAUAACUAAGUCUGGUUAUAAUGAACUGCUUUCGCUGGCCUUGGAGAAUCAUUAUAACUGUGUUUUACUGUAUAAAGCUCUUCUCUAUUUUAGAGUUUGCAUUGGUCCCAAAUGAAACUGUAGUUGUGAGAGCCUACGUGCCUUUAAUAUAUGGCGCGGGUUUUACAGCACAAAAUCAAAAGUAUCUGGCAGUGAACUUCAGCAGGCUGGAGUAAGCAGUGGUGCCCUAGUCCUAGCAAUACUCGGCUAGGGAUGAAAACACAUGGAUGGACAUUAAAACUGCUAAAAGUUCUUUUUCAUAUACAUGUAUACCGGUACUGAGGGGAGAAAAUCCAGUCACGGUUUCCUCAGUCCGUAAACUGGCAUUGUACUGGAUCGAGGCAGCCAUCAACACAUUGGUUGUUUUGAUAUGUUGAUCUGAUCUUCCCUGGGAUUUAAUCUGUAGAUAUUCCCUGGGAUUUAAUAUGUUGAUGUUACCUGGGAUUUAAUCUGUCAAUAUUCCCUGGGAUUUAGUCUGUCAAUAUUGUUGAUAUUACCUGGGAUUUAAUCUGUCCAUAUAUUUCCUGGGAUUUAAUCUGUUGAUAUUACCUGGGAUUUAAUCUGUCAGGUGCCAAUCACUGGCAAUGUACAGGAGUCUUUCAAACACUUGUCUUUCAUUGGUUGAACACUUCUGAUUGAUUGAUUGUAUUUUGUUUAAUAUCCCUGUCGAGAAUUUUUCACUGUGACAUCUGUGUUUAGAAGUAUUGUUGUAUAGCUGAAGGCUUGUCUGGCCUUAAUCUGAAUGUAUACUGUGUAAGUUAUGACUGACAUAAACUUUUUAAAACUAUUUUUCUCUGUAAGUAAUUACCCUGUUUUUGCACACAUGACCACAAAUUUUAUCAGAAUUUUAUGCCAGAAAUGUUUUAAGAAUAUGUCUGCUUUGGUCGCUGAACACCAUGGUUGUUUGAGCAACAUAUCAACAAGUAUGAAGAAUUGUAUUUUUAUGCUCUUUUUUCCAUCACCAAAUUCAAAUUGUUCAUAGAUGGGGUUCAAAGUUUAUCUCUUCAUAUUUUAUCAAGAAUUAGAUGAAUCCUGUUUCAGUAAAGAAAUACAAUUUAUAGCACGGACUUAUUUUAAGGAUUAUAUCAGAGAUAUGAUUAUAAGGAACUCGAUUAUAAGGAAUUCUGGGUAAGAAGGAAGUGAUAUUCACUCACCAUUACCAACUUCACAAUGUCUACUGAUAAGUCCAUUCAUGUUUUACAACCUUAGUUACAUGUAAAUUGUUGAUUGAUGUAAACUAAUUAUUUUUAAUUAAAAACAGUUAUAAUGAAUACAAUAAACAAACAAGAUGGAA